AUGGACACUUUUCAGCACAAAACGCUGGUCACCAAGCCCUACGACCUCACCUACAGCUACUACCUGUCCGCCAACUUCCACAACCGUGACCCCUCCAUCCCCGUGCUUAUCUUCUCCCAUGGCUAUCCCGACAACGCCCAAAUGUGGUCGGGCGCGCUGCCGCACAUGCUCAAAUCCCCCUACCCCAUCAUCCUCAUGGACAUCCUCGGCCUGGGCCACAGCUCCAAACCCACGGAGCCGAAAAUGUACAACUACAAGCAACAAGCCGACUCGAUCGCGCAAAUCCUCGACCACGAAGGCGUCGGCAAAGAGAAAACCGUGAUCCCCAUCGGACACGACUGGGGCUCGGGCGUCAGCCAGCGCUUCUACCUCUGGCACCGCGAGCGCUGCCUCGGCCUCGCCCUGCUGUCCCUCGCCUACCUCAUCCCCAACCCGGACCCCAUCGACCUCGACGACCUCAACAAAGCGACCGCGCGCCGCUUCGGCUACCCCCAAUGGGAAUACUGGAACUUCUUCACCGCCCCGGACGCCGCGCAGCUGAUGGAGGCCGACCUGCUACGCUUCUGGGAAGUCAACAACGGCAACUACCCCUCCAACAUCCCCGGAGAGAAGGGGCGCGACAUCUGGAUGCGCGAGAUGUUCUGCACGCUCGGCGCGAUGCGCGAGUACGUGGCGAAGCAGGGGAAGUACAAGGACUUCACCGUCGACCUCAAGCCCUACGCCAAAGACCCGAAGCUGCAGAAGGACUUCGUGGAGCGGAUGAAGCGCGAUGGCUUCGCGGCGCCGGUGUGCUACUACCAUUCGCUGCGCGACAAUACGAUGCUCGAGGAGGAGAGGCAUCUGUCGCGCUCCAAGGAGAGCAUGACGAUUGAUGUGCCCAUGCUGUACAUUGGGCAGACGGGCGAUUGGGUGUGCCGGACGGAUCUGAUGGGCGAUGCGAAGGAUCAGGGGCUCGUGACGGAUCUGGAGGAGAAGGUGGUGGAUGCGGGGCAUUGGGUGUUGUACGAGAAGCCGCAGGAGAUUGCGGAGAUUAUCAGCGAGUGGGUGAACCGCAAGUUUCCCGUGAAGAAGUGA